AUGCAGAAAGCUCUGUCCCUUCUUGCAUGGUCAGGCGUAGCCUAUGCUGCUUCUUUGCGCAGCGCAUGCACUGUCUCCCAUGUUCGCGAUUCCUUGCCCGAAGACAAUUACAUCCUCGGCGUUACCUUUGAUCAUUCGUCGGUCACUGCCAAUCCCGUUUACAACUCCUCUCACUCUGGAGAGACUUUCUUCCCGGAUGCAACCAUCAACUUCUGCAAUGUGACCUUUUCAUACACCCACACGGGAUCUGAUCAAUCCGUGAUUGUCGGUUACUAUAUGCCCUCGCCUGAGAGUUUCAAGAACCGUUUCCUCGCUACUGGAGGUGGUGCGUACGCCAUUCAGUCUGGAUCUAUGUCGGCUCCUGGCGGUGUGAUGUAUGGCGCUGUCUCUGGAUUUACAGAUGGAGGAUUUGGCAGCAUGGACACCGACUUUGACGACGUUUUCCUGCUCAACAACGGCACUAUCAACUGGCCUUCUGUGUAUAUGUUUGGCUACGAAGCCAUCAAGGAGAUGACCGUCAUCGGCAAGCAGCUGACCAAGAAUUUCUACGACGUUGCCAGCAACAGCAAGGUGUACUCGUACUACCAGGGUUGCUCCGAGGGUGGUCGUGAGGGCUGGUCUCAGGGCCAGCGCGCGGGCAAAGAGUACGACGGUUUAAUCAUUGGAGCACCGGCCAUUCGCUAUGGACAGCAGCAAGCUAACCACAUUUACUCAAACAUUGUGGAGAAGACUCUCGACUACUACCCCCCUCCAUGCGAGCUGGAAAAGAUUGUCAACGAGACAAUCUCCGCCUGUGAUCCUCUGGACGGGCGUUCCGACGGUGUUGUCUCUCGCUCUGAUCUUUGCCAGCUGCAUUUCAAUAUGACUUCGAUCAUCGGAAAGUCGUAUUAUUGUGCUGCCUCCACCAGCAGUAGCCUUGGUCUUGGCUUUGGCAAACGCCAGCUUUCGACCGAGCCAGCUCAGAAUGGUACGGUGACGGCCGAGGCUGUUGCGGUUGCUCAGACAAUUGUUGAUGGCUUGUAUGACUCCCAAGGACGCCGUGCCUACAUCUCUUAUCAGAUGGGUGCCUCGUUUGAUGAUGCUGCGACCAGCUACAACUCCACCACCGGCGAAUGGGGAUUGGAUAUUGCUGGUGCUGGUGGUGAAUGGAUUGCUCGCUUUUUGGAGUUAAACGAUGAAGACAACUUGUCCACCUUGGAGGGCGUCACCUAUGAUACGCUUGUAGGCUGGAUGAAGCAGGGCAUGACCAGAUACAUGGACUCGCUGCAAACCACUCUGCCUGAUCUGACUGAGUUUUAUGAUAACGGUGGCAAGAUCAUCCACUACCAUGGCGAGCAGGAUGCGUCAAUUCCCACGGGAUCAUCCAUUCACUAUUACAACUCUGUUCGUCAAACGAUGUAUCCGAACAAGUCGUACAACUCAAGCACCAGCGCUCUCCAGGAAUGGUAUCGCCUCUUUUUGGUUCCUGGAGCUGCCCAUUGUGCUACAAAUACCGCUCAGCCUAACGGACCCUUCCCGCAGACCAACUUCGAAGUCAUGUCUCGUUGGGUUGAAAAGGGUAUUGUGCCUCACACACUGAACGCUACCAUUCUCCAGGGUGAGAAUUUGGGAGACAACGAGCAGCUUUGUGCCUGGCCUCUUCGUCCUUACUGGAGGGACGGUAAGACCUUGACCUGCGAGUACGAUCAGGCUUCGAUUGACACCUUUGACUACAACUUUGAUGCGUACAAGUUGCCCUUGUACUAG